UCAUAUAAAAUUUGUCAAAUCUAAUAACCUGAAUCAUUAGAUGAUUAAGUUUUAUUUAUAACAAAAUAAGAACUACCUAUCUCUUAAUACCAAAGUAGUGUACUAAUUUCUAGCGACCGAUAUAUCAGUGAAGCAAAUAUAUUAAAUAAAGGAAGAAUGUCUGAUGUUGGAUCUGCCCUGCCAUCUGCGGCACCCUCAGCCGCUAGCGUUGGUGAUGAACAACGCUCCAGUGCUGCUGCUGGUUCUGGCACAGAGGAGAAAGUUUAUGGUGGGUGUGAGGGACCAGAUGCUAUGUAUGUAAAGCUGGUGUCAUCUGAUGGACACGAGUUCAUAGUGAAACGAGAGCAUGCUCUCACAUCUGGUACAAUCAAGGCCAUGCUGAGUGGACCCGGCCAGUUUGCUGAGAAUGAGGCCAAUGAAGUGAACUUCAGGGAGAUACCGUCGCACGUCUUGCAAAAGGUUUGUAUGUACUUUACAUACAAGGUCCGCUACACAAACUCCUCAACAGAGAUCCCAGAGUUCCCCAUUGCUCCAGAAAUCGCUCUCGAACUCCUCAUGGCUGCUAAUUUCCUCGACUGUUAAUAUAUGUAACAACAGAAUAAAGUUAUAUGUCUUUUUCUGA